AUGAAUGAAACAAACGAAACUAAAAUGGAACCCAACUACAUAUUUGACGAUGUACCUCGAAUUUCUCCACUAAUAACGGUCAGCUGCUGUCUGGCCAUGUCCGUGCUAUAUGUGUCCAGUUUAUAUAUAUGGAACAAUAAACAUAAUCGUGAUCAUCCAGCAACGGUCAAGCGGCGUUUCCUCAGUGUUACGGUGGUGAUGCUAAUCACUCCCAUAUUUGUAUAUAAAUUUUCGUCCAAGGAACUAUUAGAGAAGAUACCAUUUUAUGAGUUGUUGGGUUUGAGGUGGCAUGGUCUACUCAUGGCCAUUGUUAUACCUUAUCUGUUGACAAUGUUGUUGUUUUUGGGGCCAUUGUGUGUGGAAUUGCAAAACGAUACAAUGAAAGUGUUUAUGGAUAUCAAUUUCUGGAAAAGUUCCUUUAAAAAUAUCCUGUGGAUACGUAAUCACAUAAUGGCUCCAUUAAGUGAAGAAUUUGUAUUUCGUGCCUGCAUGAUGCCACUAAUCUUACAAAGUUUUUCGCCCGUCACAGCUGUGUUCAUUACACCAUUAUUUUUUGGUGUUGCUCAUGUUCAUCACAUAGUCGAGAGAUUAAGUAUGGGCAUGGAAUUUACAACAGCUUUAAUUAUCUCAAUAUCCCAACUAACCUAUACCACCCUCUUUGGUUUCUACUCUGCCUAUCUUUUCCUGCGUACAGGACAUUUUGUGGCCCCCUUUUUGGUACAUGCCUUCUGUAAUCAUAUGGGAUUGCCAGAUAUACAAGAACUCUGGCAACAACACCUAUGGAAACGUAUUAUUUUAAUCGUAUGCUAUUUUGUUGGUUUCAUUGCGUGGAUAUUUGUCUUACCCAUUGCAACACAACCAACUCUGUAUGCCAACAAUAUCUUCUGGCCUUACUAGCUGUCCUCGGU